AGAGCUGCUGUGCACACUGAUUGCAAACACGGAAACACCGUGGCAUGAGCAGGGCGUCCGUGUUGUUGUGUUGUCGUCUUUAUGUGCACGCAGUUCAAGCAUCAGGGUUUAAAAGCACAAGGUGCACAUCAAAUACAAAACCGGGUCGCGCAGUAGACUUUUCUUCAGUGUUUCUAUGGAGUUAAUGCCCUUUCUGUCAUGGGCCUGCAUCGUGUUCACAGUCGGGAUGUUCUCGACUGGACUGACCGACCUGAAGACGAUGAGAGCAUCCAAAAGUGCUGACAAUAUCCAGUUUCUCCCUUUCCUCACCACGUGUCUUAAUAACCUGGGCUGGUUGUACUAUGGGAUUCUGAAGACGGAUCAGACGAUAGUCCUGGUCAACGUUAUCGGAGCUCUACUCCAGAUCCUCUACAUCAUCGUUUACCUCCACUACACAAAACAAAAGAAGCUGGUGAUGACACAGACUCUAGUGGCAGGGACGGUGCUGACCUGCGGCUGGUUCUACUUCACCACGUUUCUUCCUGAGGGAGACACUCGGCUCAGCCAGCUCGGCCUCACCUGCAGCGUGGUCACCGUCAGCAUGUACCUGUCCCCGCUCACCGGCUUGGUACAGAUAGUGCGCAGUGGGGAUGUGAAGUGCUUGUCCUUCUCUCUGGCUGUCGCCACCUUCUUCACUUCAACCUCCUGGGUCCUGUACGGCCUCCAGCUGAACGACUACUAUAUUGUGGUUCCAAACUCGCCUGGCAUCUUCACCAGCCUCAUCAGGUUUUAUCUGUUUUGGAGAUUUGGGAACCAGAGCUUACCAGCCUAUAGGUCUAUGAUAUGAGGGGUGGGGGGCAAAGCUUUCCCAUCACUUGUGUUUUUAAUCAUAGAGAGACAGCGGAGAGAAACGCCACAGAUGAAGUGGUGAUAAUGUCUUAUUGUCACUUUGAGGAGGUAUAGUUUUCACAUUGAGUGAAAAAAAGUUUGUCUUUGAUUCAACGGUUUGUUUUCUGCAGCUAUUUCAUAAACCCGUCCCUCCUCUCCAUGUCCGUCAAGUGCCUUCGUUCAGAAUCUGUUUGCCAUUGAAGAUGAAUGGCUUUUACAGAAUCGACCAACAAGUCGGGAGACUUGGAGUCCGUUCAAAAUGGAUUUUAUCUUCCCUGACUCGUACUCGCCAAAGAUAUUGUGGAGUUGUAACCUGCUGGCUGCUAUUUAAAUACACAUGUAGUGCUCUCUUAUGGUACUCAUGUGUGGAAUAAUGGAGUAUAGUUUCAUAUUUUCCCUGGAAAGGUCGAUGAAUAUUUUCGAUGAGAGAGUUUCUACUUAACAUUUUUUUUAUCACCAUGCAGACAGAAUAUUGAGUGGCACUAAGUUAUAUUCGUUUUCUAUAUAUUUUAUGUCCGGAGUCUUAAUACAUGGUGUUUAUGUGGUCCAAAAUCUUCCUAUAUUGUUGAGGCUUUUUUUAUAUAGGCAAUUAUGAGAUUAAAUAAAAUAAUAAAAGAUAUUAACACCCUAGGGUUUGUUUACACGAAUGAAUGAUGUUUAUUUCUAUGGUGGGUGGUUGUCAUGGGUAAUUGAGUCUUGCUUGUCUCCUCCUUAUUAUCUGUAAUAAGGACAUAUGUUAUGCAAAUGAAACAGCCGAGUGUCAGUGCUGAUUUACUCACUUCUAAAGGAUGUAAAUAAAUUCUUACCAUAACCAUCA